UUGUGUCCAAUGAUACAUGUUAGGUUAUUUGUUUCAUCAUGAACUUUAUUUGCAAUCUCUCACUUGCAAGAACAUUUUUGUCAGCACCUGACAAUUUUCAAUCAUCAAGAAAAUAUAUAGUUCCAUCACACUCAAUGCAUUAAAAACAUUAUUUAUGCAUCAGACAUUUCUGCAUUGAACUAGUUACUAAGCAAGGUUACAAUUUAUCCUGCAUCUAGGAUUUGAAGAAGCUUGUCCAUGACAAUUCUUCUUGGAAUUACAUCAACCCUUGUAAUUUCCUCUCAUCAUUUGAAAUCUACACCAUUGUGAUUUCUUUUCUCAGUGACUAUUGCGCACUAUUUUGGCCACCAGUUGCCACCUCAUUGUAACCUAGAACUGUUCAUGUUUGAAAUUGCUUUAUUGGGUCGCGGCUAUCAAUCUACUUGUAUGCUGCUAAGUUACAUUGCGCCUGCCGUGUGUACACCUUCAUUGAACUAUCAUCAUCACCAUUGUGGUUUAUCAGAAUUUUUGUGUGCUUCGUUCAUAUCACCACAACAAUUUACAUUUGUGAUCUAUUCACUUGCCUGGAGUUACUAGUUUUCUCUAACAACAUCUUGUCCAUGCACAAGCCUACGCAUUAUCGCGCAACACCUGCCGUGAUGACAUCUGUAAUCAUCAUCCUACCGACUUGGAUUCAAUUCUAUCUCCAUCUGUAACAAACCUACUGAGUUGUAACGCUUAGUACAGCGCCCUUGUUACCAUCAUUGCCUGCUGCUGGUCACACUUGGAGUGGAUUCAACUUCUGCACGGCUCCCUGCCGUCUCACUGCCGGUCUUCUGAAGAUUCAGCGCAGUUCGCCGCCGACGCCGCCCUGGUACUUGGUUCCACGGCUCCCUGCCGUCCUGUUGCCGGUUCUGUCCGGGUAUCUGGUCCAAUUUGACGCCGACGCCUACCUGGUGUCCAGCCCAUGGGCAUCGCAGACCUUCCAGAAAUCCUACUGGUUUUCUUUAAGCCAGCUGGUGAAGACAUCUAACCUCUUAGUUAAGUAUUUUGUUCUGUGCUUCUGUGCACUUACCGAUUCAUUGUUCAACCAUUUUCAUUUACAUUUGUUUUUAGAAACAUUUAUAAAUUACAUUUUUUAUAUUUACUUUUUGAGGUCGUAUAUUUAAAGUUAGACUUUUCCGCGGUCCCAAUUAUUCGUCGCGGUCCCUUUUCAAUUUCUCUUGUCUUGUGGAAAACUUUCAAUAUUUGUUUGUUUAUGCAACAGCUGGAUUUUCAUUAAUUACAUGAUUUUUGUGACUAGGAGUUCUACAAUAAAUUCAAAACAUUGUAUUUUGAAGAUUCUGAAUUCUCUUUUUAUUUGUCAACAUAAUUGUCCAACUGUGUGGACCCACCAUUGUAUGUACAUGCUUUACUAUUCUAAGGUAAUAAAACAAACCAAAUUACACUUUUUAGAAGGUCUGUUACGUAUUCAUGAUCAUUAUAAUAUUCUUUAUGAUUCUAAUCCUUGUAUGUCAUUUAGCCUACCUGUUCCAAGAUGGUACUAUAGCCUACCUGUUCCAAGAUGGUACUAUAAAUUCAUAUAUUCAAUUUCAACUACAGCUGAUCAAUAACUCUCUUAAAUAUCAUUCCUUUUUGCUUACCAGAGUCUUUUAUGAGGACAGUUUGGGUGGUCUCAUUGAGAGUUGCAAUUCAGAUCUUGACGACUCUUAAUGUCACAAUCAUUGCAGUCCGCUUAGAAGAUUGGAGGUUACGCUUCAAUUUCACCCAAAUUACUCAUAAAGGUGGUCCUCCUCAGCCGGAUCUUGGCCUGCGGCCAUCUUGGUUCAAAUUCCGUUUGUUUUUUACGACCUCUAUAACUUACACUUACCGUCGACCGCGAAAAUUCCAACCUUCGGUUGCGUUUUUUGUAAAUUCGCACUUGCAUACACAUUUCUUGUAUAGCAUAGUGCACGACCAUUGUAGUGCUUAUACUAAUUCACUGUGAGUCAUUUUUAGUUAUUGGGCAACCCCUCCAGGACACGCUGUGUUCGUGUCGGGUACAACCUGCUCUAAUUCCUGGGACUGUGAACUGGCUGCGGACUACUCGCUCGGCUGCGCGCAGGGCUUACUCGUUGCCACUGACUCAAGCUUGAACGUAACACAGCGCACUGACCGACCGAAGAGGACGCACGCCGGUGAUGCCCAGACAUAUUGUAUUUAUGCAUCAAUUUUAUUAAUUGCUCUUUUUUGUUAUUUAAAUUGAUUCUUUGUAUAAAUUAACUUACCUCAGAAUAUGCCUGAGACUAGAAGCAACUCUGCCCUUCAGGCAGUCAUGGCUGAGCGGCGAGAUGUGAUAAAGCAUUUGCGCUGGAAUGCAAGGAAACUUAAUUUUGAAGCUCCUCUUUCUGAGGAUGCUUAUUAUGAAUUGAAAUUAUUGCAAACUGAUGUCCAAGAUUUGAAGGACAGAUACAUUGAAAUAAAAGACAAGCUAGAAUCUCUAGACUCAGAUAAUUUUAAUGACGAGGAGCAUUUUGCUACCCUAGAUGAAUUUCUUUCUGUAACAGCUAGCAUAAACAAACACAUACAUAACUUUGAAAAAGCACAUGGCCAGACUGACGCCAAUAUUGCGCCAGCUCCUGUUGCACAACCCGCACCCACUAAUAGUAAUUUUCGAUUACCUGAAAUACCUCUUCCGACCUUCGAUGGUAACUUUGACAAAUGGCUCGAUUUUAAAGCUGGAUUUUCUAGUAUAAUUGUAAACAAUGAUUCGGUAGAACCUAGCAUUAAGUAUCAGUAUCUUAAACAGGCUCUUUCAGGCGAAGCUCUGAAUCGGAUCGCCAAUUCCCCACCGGGAGAUUUUAAGCUAGCAUGGAGCUUGCUUACUCAACGCUACAACAGCGUAAUACUCAUUGCUGAUAGCCAUAUCUCAGCCAUCAUGAAUCCACCAUCACUCAACUCUAAAUCUGCACAAUCAUGGCGAACAUUUAUUGAUCACCAAAAAUUGAAUAUUACAGCGUUAGAGUCACUUGAACUUGACAUCGAGGUAAAGGAUCUAUUAUUCAUGCAUCUCAUAGUUUCUAGGUUUGAUGCCAAUACUUUACGUGAUUGGGAGCGGUCAAACUCCGUUAAGGACAAGACUUCCUUAGACAACCUCUGGACCUUUAUGGAGCAACAGCACAAGGUUUCCCAAUAUGUCUCCUUUGGUCUCGGCAGUCAUGCGCAAUCUGCGCAACGACUGGUCAACAACCAGUCUGGCAAUGGUAAGCCUAGUCAUAAUUCAAUUAACAAUAAUUCUCGUCCCAGCACGUCCUCAACUUUUGUCAAGUAUUCUGGAUGCUUGUUUUGCAAUGACACCAAUCAUAAUGUCUUUCGUUGCAAUACAUUUCUCAAUAUGGCGCCUACAGCUCGUCUAAACGCUGUACAGCAAAAGAAUCUCUGUAGAAACUGUCUUCGACCUUUCAGUAAGGAUCACCAAUGUUUUGGUGCUUGCAGAGAUUGUGGCAAGGCCCAUCACUCAUUAUUGCAUUUCAAUAAUAGUAAAUCUUCCCCAACUGUAGGGAAAAAUACUUCUUCAAAUAAUGCUCACACUCGUAAACCAAAUCGUCAGCAGGCUUCUAAGUCCUCAUCGAAUUGUUGUUGUUCUGAGUCAAAGCAGUCUGACAUACCUAGCCCAGCUGUGUUCACACCUAGCUUGACUCGUCCAGUCAGUCAAGCAUCAUCAAUUUCAGUGUCUGACACUUCGAGUGUCACAACUGUUGUCACUCCGACCUCGUCGACAAGUUCACAAGCCAUCAGCAAUUCAAACUGUGCGCAUUCAAACUCACCUAGCUUGUUACAACGAGUUAACAUCAUGCCCACAGCGCAAUUGCAUAUUUUGAGUAAAAAUAAUCAAGUUAUUUCAUGUCGCGCACUGCUUGAUACCGGUAGUGAUGCUUGCUUCAUUUCCAAGGCUCUUGCUUCUCAAUUGGACCUUGACUCUGUGUAUUCUAAUAAUACCAUUCACACUGUGUCUGGUACCAGUUCAGCACCUGUGUGUACUGCUGCUGUUCUCAUACAUUCUCCUGACCGAACGUGGUCGAAGGAAGUCAGUUGCAUAUUAACUGAGAAAAUUACCCCUAGCAUUCCUCCAUUUGGGCUCAACUUACAAAACUUCAAUAUUCCACCCAAUGUUAAGUUAGCUGACCCUGAAUUUCAUGUUUCUAAGGGAGUCGACCUGCUUCUCAGUGUUGCUAUUUAUUCUUCUAUCCAAGCUUGUGGUCAAAUUCAGUUAGCUGAUGAAUGCACUCUUCAAAAUACCAAACUGGGUUGGGUUGUUUGGGGAGCUAUCGCGCCUAACAUUCUCAAUUCAUGCGAGCAACCCGUUAGCUCAAAUUGUGUGUCAACUCAUGACAUUUCCAGACAAUUAGAGAAGUUUUGGAAAAUUGAGGAAGUCCUUCUCAAAGAUAGCGUAACUAAGGAGCAGCAUCAAAUUGAAAAACACUAUCUUGAUAAUGUACAACGAGGACAAGACGGCCGCUUCUCGGUUGCACUACCUAAAAAAGAUAAUUUCGAUUUAUUGGGUCAAUCUCGUCAUCAAGCACUUGUGCGUUUUCAUUCUUUGGAAAAAAGACUUGCUACUAAUGCUGAAUUGCGUUCUCAAUACGUAGCCUUUAUGGACGAGUAUGAAUCUCUUGGUCAUAUGUCUCCUGUACCUGACAGUCAGCCUUAUGAAAAAUGUUUUCAUAUGCGUAUUUUCAAAACUAUUUCAUUCAACAAAAUAUUGGACUAUGAAGAUGCAACAACGUUCUCUGCUCAAGUGGAAGCGAUUUUGAAUUCCAGGCCUCUUAUCCCUCUUUCUGAGGACCCUGAAGACCUGCAAUAUAUUUCUCCCGGACAUUUUCUUAUUGGAAGGCCCAUUACUGCACUUCCAUUUCCGCUACCUGAGACAACUCAUAUAGAUCAUCGUUCGCGCUGGAAAAAUCUUGCUCUAGCUACGAAAGAGCUCUGGAAAAAAUGGUCAACGGAAUAUCUCGUUACCCUACAAACUAAAGCAAAAUGGACUGAGGAAUCUGAAAAUCUCAAGGUGGACACCAUCGUAUUACUCAAAGAUCCUGGCACUGUUCCUUCUACAUGGCGUUUAGCACGCAUUGUUGAACUACACCCUGGAAAAGACCAGAAGGUGCGCGUUGUUACGGUACUUACGGAAACUGGACUUUUCAAGCGUGCUAUCUCUAGCAUCGCUCCUCUGCCUCAAGAAGAAGAAUUAGAUUAGGUUAGUUAUCACUUAUGUCUUAUUUGCAUAUUCUCAAUUAUAUUUGUCUUUUUUUUACGUUGGCUUUUACCGAUGGUAUGUUGUCAGAUGCUCAUUUUUUAGCAUUUAUCUGAUUUUUGUAUUGUGUCUAAUCAUCCUUUCAUUCAUUUUUUCGUCCAAUGGCAUGGCGUCGGACGCUAGCAUCGCUCCUUCAUUAUCAUCAAUUUGCAAUAUUGUUAGUUUUUAUUGUCAUAUUCAUAUCUUCCUUCUAUUUGGAAUUUCUUGUAUAUUUAGUAAUUGGUUUAUCUGCGUAUUUCGAUUAAGUCCUUUGAAUUUGUUUCCCAUUAGUGAUUCUGCAUCAUUUUUAAAUAUAUCUGCCAUUUCAGCAGAAAGUGGAUUUUUGUUCGAUCUUGUCUAUUUUUGUCAUUUGACUUGUCUUUUGUCUAGGCACAUUUUCUUGUAGAUACCUUGUAUCAAAUUUGGUUUAUGCCUCCUGCUCCUGUCGUGAGCCUCUCUAAUCACCAGAUUUAACAUAAUUGUUGUUUUUGUUUGCUCACUUUUUUUCUUUUGAGACAUCCUUGAUGCCUCAAGGGGGGACCUUAUGUUAAAUCUGGCAUUUGCAGUCACCACUUGUUUUGGUUGCCGCCUCCUGGAGCGCUGGUGCUUGUGUGUCACCACUUGUUUUGGUUGCUGCCGCUUGGAGCGCUGGUGCUUGUGUUCACAAUUUGCCCUGUCGAUUUUGAUAGUUUUAAUUUUUAUUCGUCAAGUUUGUCAUUUUCAAUCGAUUUAUCAAUUAGAUUUAUUAUACUUAGUUCAGCAUUAGUCCUACUUUAGCCUAUUAUGGCAUUAUUCAUUUAUAUUUGCCAUUUUUUUCUGCUGGUGGGUUCAUUGUUUCACAGUUGGUACACUUCCUUGUAGGCUUUCUUCCUACCUGCUCGUCUCGAUGGAAUGGCCAAAAGAAAGUGUAUUUCCAAGUUUCAAGUUUAUCCCUUUUUAUCUAAAAGUGACAAAUUCGCAUGAAAAUGUGUCUCAUCGAUUCAUAAAUAUCUAUUCUCGAUGUGGUAUUCUAGUUUUCAACGUUCAUCAUUAUUUGUGUCAAAAAACUUGUAAGUAACUGAACGACAUUACUCGCACGCAAUGUGCUUUGUCCCACAACUUCGAAUUUCGACAUUUAUCAAAUUUGUGCUUCUAAUUCUGAAGAACUGUUGAUCCAACAACGAUAAUAUCCAGAAUGAACUAUUUUUACUAGAAGAAGGCUCAGAAGAACUUUAUUUUCUGUAUUCAAUUUUAGCUGUGUCCAAUGAUACAUGUUAGGUUAUUUGUUUCAUCAUGAACUUUAUUUGCAAUCUCUCACUUGCAAGAACAUUUUUGUCAGCACCUGACAAUUUUCAAUCAUCAAGAAAAUAUAUAGUUCCAUCACACUCAAUGCAUUAAAAACAUUAUUUAUGCAUCAGACAUUUCUGCAUUGAACUAGUUACUAAGCAAGGUUACAAUUUAUCCUGCAUCUAGGAUUUGAAGAAGCUUGUCCAUGACAAUUCUUCUUGGAAUUACAUCAACCCUUGUAAUUUCCUCUCAUCAUUUGAAAUCUACACCAUUGUGAUUUCUUUUCUCAGUGACUAUUGCGCACUAUUUUGGCCACCAGUUGCCACCUCAUUGUAACCUAGAACUGUUCAUGUUUGAAAUUGCUUUAUUGGGUCGCGGCUAUCAAUCUACUUGUAUGCUGCUAAGUUACAUUGCGCCUGCCGUGUGUACACCUUCAUUGAACUAUCAUCAUCACCAUUGUGGUUUAUCAGAAUUUUUGUGUGCUUCGUUCAUAUCACCACAACAAUUUACAUUUGUGAUCUAUUCACUUGCCUGGAGUUACUAGUUUUCUCUAACAACAUCUUGUCCAUGCACAAGCCUACGCAUUAUCGCGCAACACCUGCCGUGAUGACAUCUGUAAUCAUCAUCCUACCGACUUGGAUUCAAUUCUAUCUCCAUCUGUAACAAACCUACUGAGUUGUAACGCUUAGUACAGCGCCCUUGUUACCAUCAUUGCCUGCUGCUGGUCACACUUGGAGUGGAUUCAACUUCUGCACGGCUCCCUGCCGUCUCACUGCCGGUCUUCUGAAGAUUCAGCGCAGUUCGCCGCCGACGCCGCCCUGGUACUUGGUUCCACGGCUCCCUGCCGUCCUGUUGCCGGUUCUGUCCGGGUAUCUGGUCCAAUUUGACGCCGACGCCUACCUGGUGUCCAGCCCAUGGGCAUCGCAGACCUUCCAGAAAUCCUACUGGUUUUCUUUAAGCCAGCUGGUGAAGACAUCUAACCUCUUAGUUAAGUAUUUUGUUCUGUGCUUCUGUGCACUUACCGAUUCAUUGUUCAACCAUUUUCAUUUACAUUUGUUUUUAGAAACAUUUAUAAAUUACAUUUUUUAUAUUUACUUUUUGAGGUCGUAUAUUUAAAGUUAGACUUUUCCGCGGUCCCAAUUAUUCGUCGCGGUCCCUUUUCAAUUUCUCUUGUCUUGUGGAAAACUUUCAAUAUUUGUUUGUUUAUGCAACAGCUGGAUUUUCAUUAAUUACAUGAUUUUUGUGACUAGGAGUUCUACAAUAAAUU